GAAAUGUUGCGAUUUCUCGCUUAUCUGCUUGCCAUCGCCCUUAUCUUAUCGGCGGCGCGCAUGCAAAUUCUACACGCUGCAGUUAUCGGCCACGGUUCUUUUCCGCGCACACAGAAUUGGGCCGCUCCUCCACCGGAUUUGAGUUUACCUCCAAUUUACCUGCCCGAGUUCACGCCUAUAAGCGAAGAUCCGCAGGAAUGAGCAAUCAUGAAGCUA